AAUUAUGGAUUAAGAGCCUCAGUACAAUUAAUAGCUAAUAAUCAUAUGACACGUGGAUAUCGUUGAAUUAAAGUAAACUUUCUCUUCUUCUUAUUUAUUACGAUUGAUAUAUACUGAUCUCUUGUCUUCUUCACUCUCCAACGGUUCUGUACUAUCUUCAGAGCUUCGAGAAUGUCGAUGUUAAUGGCGGCCAAAUCCACUUCACUCUUUAGCUCAAACCCUACAAUUUCAGCUAAAAUAGGGCAAAACCCUCGCGGCGUCAGAUCGGUUUAUCCGACGGUGAGAAUGCAGUCACGUGUUCACCGUCUGAUUGAAGAGCAAGGUGCUGUGCUUAUUCCCGGAGUCUACGACGCAUUAUCUGCGGCUAUUGUGCAGCAGACCGGAUUCUCCGCCGCAUUAAUCUCCGGUUACGCCCUCUCCGCCGUAACUUUGGGAAAACCAGAUUUCGGUUUGAUAACACCUCCGGAGAUGGCAGCAACGGCGAGAUCAGUGUGUGCUGCGGCUCCAAAGAUUCCAAUCAUUGCAGAUGCAGAUACUGGUGGAGGAAAUGCUCUCAAUGUUCAAAGAACCGUCAAGGACUUAAUCGCAGCAGGUGCUGCUGGUUGCUUCCUUGAGGACCAGGCAUGGCCAAAGAGGUGUGGACAUAUGCGUGGCAAAGAGGUCAUACCUGCGGAGGAACACGCUGCUAAAAUAGCAUCAGCAAGAGACGCUAUUGGAGAUGCUGACUUUUUUCUAAUCGCUAGGACUGAUGCUCGUGCACUUUCCGCAAAAACAGGACUUUCAGACGCCAUUGACCGUGCUAAUCUUUAUAUGGAGGCAGGAGCUGAUGCUUCCUUUGUUGAGGCACCGAGGGACGAUGACGAGCUUAAGGAAAUCGGAAGGCGCACAAAAGGUUACAGACUGUGUAACAUGCUUGAAGGUGGACGCACGCCAUUGCAUACGCCUGAUGAGCUUAAAGAAAUGGGUUUUCACUUGAUCGCACACCCACUUACCUCGCUCUAUGCGUCGACUCGAGCUCUUGUCGAUGUUCUUAAGAUUCUCAAGGAGAAAGGAACCACCAAAGACCACUUAGAAAAGAUGAUAACUUUCGAAGAGUUUAACCGUUUGGUGAACUUGGAUUCAUGGUAUGAGCUCGAAACCAAGUACUCUAACCUCAGAAACGCUCUAGGGGAAACAAAAUAAUGAGAUUCUGAUUACUCUGUCCACAAUCGAAGCUCUUGCAAUGUAUCAUCAAUAAUGUUAUCUUCUUUUUUCACUUGUUUGUAUCAAUAUUCAAUAAUUGUGUGUUUUGACAUGUAAAAACUCAAAAAAAGUUCUAAUUUAUUUGGAAAGCUUGUUCUUGCUGCUUCUCCCACAAACCAGAGAAUCAAUGUCUCUAGCAAUGUUCCGAGCAUCUCUUGAAAUACCAGCCAAGCCUUGUUUCCC